GGUCCACCAAUAGGAGGGCGCGCUGAUGAGCCGCUCAGCCAAUGGGAGGUCCGGGCGGGAGCGCGGGUUUCGGCCUGGAGUCCGCGGCCUCGGAUCUCGGGCUUCAGGCGGCCGAAGAUGAGCGAAGGCCGGGAGGUGAAACACCUGGAGAAGGCCAAGUUAAAAGCCCAGAAAAGCCACAACCUGAGGGAGGAAGCGAAUCUGUGCAACCAGCUGGGCGAAGUGCUGGCCAAGCAAGGCCAGUUCCAGAGGGCCAUCGAGGAGCACAGGCAAGAGCUGCAGCUGUCAGAGGUGCUGAAUGAUGUGAUCGGCUGUGCAAUUGCCAACCGGAAGAUCGGGGAAUGCCUCGCAGAGUUGGGGAGCUACCCGGCUGCGCUGGAGCAUCAGCGCAAGCACCUGCAAUUGGCCUGUUCCGUGGCCAAUGACGUAGAGGAGCAGCGAGCCUGGGCUACCAUUGGCCGGACGUACCUCUUUAUCUACGAAACCAACCAGUCAAGUGAGUCGCUGCAGGAGGCGGAGAAUGCUUUCCGGAAAAGCCUGGCUAUCGUCGACACCAAGCUGGAAGGGCAAGUCUUCCAGCACGAGCUGAGCGAGAUGCGCGCCAGGCUGUACCUCAACCUGGGCUUCCUCUUCGACAUCAUGAAGGACCCAGUCAGAUGCAACCGCUACAUCCGCAAGAGCAUCUACAUCGCUGAGCAGAACAAGUUGUACGAGGAUCUGUACCGGGCCAACGUCAACCUGGGGAGCAUCCACUGCCGCAACGGCGAGCACGCCAGGGCCGUCCGCUGGCUUGAGGCGGCCAAGGAGUGCGCCAGGAAGAUGAAGGAGAAGUUCAUGGAGAGCGAGUGUUUCAGCAGCAUCGGGCAGGUCUUGCUGAUCCUUGGGGACUUUGUGGCUGCCAAACGAUCACUGAGGAAGGCGUUUAAGCUGGGAUCUCAGCUUCAGUCAGAGCACGAUACUGUGAGGAGGAACCUGAAGAAUGCUGUGAAGGGUUGCCGACUGGAGGAGGCCCUAUCGGAGCUGGGUGAGGAGCAGCAGCAGGACGCACUGGGCCUGUAUGAACAGCUUGGCGAUCUCUGCUGCAAGGUGGAGAGCUACCAGAAAGCCAUCGACUACUACCGGAUGCAGCUCAGCCACGCAGAAGAGCUGCGGAAACCUGACCGGGAGCUGGCGGUUAUUCACGUCUCACUGGCGGCCACGUUUGCCGACCUCGGUGACUACAAGUUGGCUCUGAAACACUACGAGGCUGAACUGGGUCUGCGGAAGGGAAACCCAAAGGAGGAGUGCAAGACCUGGCUGAACAUGGCACUGACCAAAGAAGAGUGUGGGCGACCCUAUGCUGAGCUGGAGGCAUGUUACCAGAAGGCACUGCAGUGCGCCAACCAUGCUCAGCUCCCCCGACUGCAGGCCCGGUCGAUGAAGCUCCUUCACUCUGUGCAGCAGAGGAACAGGCACCCUGAGGCGGACAUCACCCUGGCCCGGCUUCAGGAACUGUCGCAGGGCAGCGAGAGCGGAGACGAGAGCGAGGCGGAUGAGGUGGAGAACAGUGAGCCCCUGGAGGACAGUGAGCUGGAGCUCUCCGAGAGUGAUGACAAUGACCUGGAAGGUUAUGAUAAAUCUGUCCCAGGACGGAGGAAGAUAAAUCGAUGGAACCGCAGGAACGAGAAGGGGGAGACGGUGUUACACCGAGCCUGCAUCGAGGGGAACCUGAAACACGUCCAGUGUCUGGUGGAGAAGGGGCACCCCUUGAACCCCCGAGAUUACUGUGGCUGGACACCGCUCCAUGAGGCAUGUAACCACGGGCACCUAGAGAUCGUCCGAUUCCUCCUGGAUCACCGGGCGAACAUCAACGACGCGGGAGGGCCGCACUGUGAGGGGAUCACCCCACUGCAUGAUGCCAUUGCCUGUGGCAACUUCAAUGUCGCAGAGCUGCUGAUCGAGAAGGGAGCGUCGGUGACGGUCCGGAACGCCCAGGGCCAGACGCCCCUCGAGGGUCUGCGUGAGUGGGAGCAUGUCUACCGCAGACACCUCGACCAGGAGACCAGGCAGCAGUGCAGACGCCUGGAGAGGCUGCUGACGGGAGCCCUCGCCAGAGGCGAGCCUCAGCGCACCCAGCCCGUGCAGGACUUCCGAAAGAGCGAUCUGUUUGACUCGGAGAGCUCUCAGUGGAGCAAGCCACUGGUGUCCCAGCCUGCUGCCCAGGGAGCAGGCAGCACAAGGUGCAGGGAGGAGCCACGAGGGGCAGGGAGAGUCAGAUCGGGCUUGAGCAUGGACACACUGACCCAUCACCGCGGCACCCCAGGGCACCAGCAGUGGGGGGCUGAGGAGAAACCCCGUCACGCAGGGACCCCCCUGGCCUGCAGCACCCAGGUGACCACUCGAAACCGAGUGGGUCGGUCAGCCGUCAGCGAGGAGGGGUCCUCGUCGGAGGAGGAGGAGGAGGAUCCCAUGGAGCGGUUCCGCCCAGUGAGGAUGCGACAGAGGGCAGCGGGUCAGAGGUCACCGGGUGACCCUGGAGCUGCUGAGGGCGACCGGGCCGUCGAUAGGGAAGAGGCGAGCGUCUGGGGUGCGGCUGGUCUGGAGCGGGAGAGGGACCCUGACGUUCCAGGUGCCACGGCGUGCACCUACCAGGCGGCGAUGAGGGGCUUGGGGAGCGCCAAGUCUCGGCUCCUGUCCCAGGCCGCGGCAGAGCCGACCCCCGUCCCAGCGGCCUCUGUCCCCAGGUCCGCACUGAUCCCCGAGGCCGAGUACCCGGGGGAGGACUGGCUGGAGGACGACCUGGGCACUACCCGGCGGAGGAAGAGGCCGCGGGAGCACGGCAGGGCAGCUGGAGCCCCCGCCCCGGUGGAGUCAGACUCUGCCAGCGGAGACGAGCUCUCCGGGGAUCGGCCCGCAUCACCUGCAGCCCCGGGCUCCGGCGACAGACCUGCCCUGCAGAGGAAGAGGCCGCGGCAGAUGCGGAUGACCCGGAUUGUGGAGAGGACGGUGGUCGGGAGAACGGGAAGAUUCGCCAGCAGUGCAGGGGCCUCCUCGGGCACGUCUGCCGGACGCACCCCUGAGCUCAGCUGUACAGCAGCGGCCCCUCCCAGCUCCUCGAGUUCAGCUCCAUCGGUUCCACAGUCUGUCAACACGCCAGUGCCUCCAUCCAUCAGAGUGAGGGUCAAGGUCCAAGAGAGCACCUUCCUGAUCCCAGUACCACACAGCAACAGUGAGGUACACACGGUGUCGUGGCUGGCAGACCAAGCGACCCAGCGCUACUACCAGUCAUGUGGGCUACGGCCCAAGCUCACCCUGAAAAAGGAAGGAGCGCUGCUUGACCCACAGGAUCCCAUCAUCCAUGUUCUGCAGAGCAAUGAGGAGGUGCUGGCUGACGUGGUGUCCUGGGACCUGCCUCCCCUUGCCGACAGAUACAGGAAAGCCUGUCAGAGCCUGGGACUGGCUGAGGACGGCCUGGUGUUGAGGGCAUGCGAGGCGCAGCAGAACAGCACGUACUUCCGCCUGUGCAGCCUGUCGCUGAGCCCCGAGCGCCUGACCCCCGUCCUGCGGGCUCUCCGGCUCCACACCGCCACCCGGGAGCUGCGGCUGUCCGCCAACCGCCUCACCGACUCCGCCGCCGAGGAGCUGCUGGGGACCCUUUUGACCAUGCCCAACCUGACCGUGCUCGACAUCUCCUCCAAUCAGAUCACAGGCCAAGGACUGAGGAAGCUCAGCGAGGGAGCUCGGCGUCCUGGCGACGCCCCCUUCCAGAGUCUGCAGGAGCUGAACCUGAAUCUCAACCCCCUGGGUGAAGGCAGCUCGCAGUCGGUGGCUGAGCUGAUUGCUGCCUGUCCCGUGCUGCGCACACUCCGACUCCAGGGCUGCGGUCUGACCGCUCGCUUCCUGCAGCACCAUCGCCUCCAGCUGGCAGACGCCAUGAGAGGUGCCCUGCAUCUGAAGACGCUGUGCCUGUCUCACAAUCCUCUGGGUGCUGUGGGGGUGGAGCUGGUCCUCCAGAGCCUGCCUCACCGCACCCUCACCCACCUGGAGCUGGCGGCAGUGGGUGGAGCCCGCAGUGACAUGCUGCGUGUCGAGCACCUCGUCAGGUACCUGUCACAGGACGGAUGCUCUCUGACCCACCUGAACCUCUCUGCUAAUCGUUUGACGGACGAUUCUCUCCGGGAUCUCUCCAGAUGUCUGCUGCUCUGUCGCUCUCUGGUGUCACUGGACCUGUCGGCCAACGCGGGACUGACCACCGGAGGGGUGGAGCUGCUGCUGGGAGCUGUGCGCGAGAGGAGCGGUGGGAUGCACUUCCUCAGUGUGGCAGGUGCCCCCGUCCACGGGUCCACCCCCGCGGAGGAGAUUGCCCCCAAGCUGGGUGAGUUGUGCCUCUGCAGCACCCGGCUCAACAAGUGUGAGAGGGAGAGGCUGGCGGAGGGCUGGCGAUGUGCCCUGGGAGGGCAGCUGCAAACUGUCUGUCGUCUCCACAAGUGUCUGCUGAAAGCAGUGCCCAGUGGUCAACGUUAACCCAGCCCAGCUCCUGAACUCUGCCCCACCCACCCUCCGCCUGUGUAUAUGUAACUACAACCUUUUUUAACCACUGCUGCUUUUGUACAUUGUGUAUUAAACCAGGUGUCACGACUG